AUGGCGAACUCCAUUAACACCCGAGAAGCUGCCCUGUCCGACAUGUUGCCGGCUCUCUUUACGCAAAGUCAGGGAGAUUGCCAGAGUCUGUGUCUGUAUGGAAGUGAUUUACAAUCUGGUGAAUGUGAGAAUUUUGCUCUGAUUCAAUGUCAAAAGUACCAAAUUGCUUUCACUCGGCAUCGCGAUUCAACGACUAACCUGUCCGUGAAACCUUGUCGAUUGAGCUGUCCCACUAUUUCAAAUGAGUGUAUGCAAGUCACUGUUGAGCUGUAUCACAGUUCGCCAACAUUGUCUCACACUAACAGGGACAUGUGA